CUGGCGAUCCAAUCGAGCAUAUUGAACAUGAGCGACUCCGACUCCGACAGCGGCAGCAGCGGCGACGAGCAGGCGUUCUUCAAGCAGCCUGCCGCGCCCUCCUCCAAGAAAGCUCAGACGUCGUCGUCCAAGGCGAAGGUUGCCGAGGCCAUCAACUCUGACGACGAAUCUAGCUCAGACGAUGAUGAAGGUGCAGACGACUCGUCGGCACUCGACAAGGCCCAACUGGAAGAAGAUGCGGCGGCCAAGACCCAGGCCACGGUGUACGUGGAAGGAAUCUCGUACGACGCCGACGAGAGCGCACUGGUGACACAUUUCGCCGACUGCGGCACCGUCAAGGAAGUCCGGCUGCCGCGAUACCAGGACUCGGGCAAACCUCGCGGGUACGCCCAUGUCGUUUUUGACUCGGACAAGGCGGUUUCCAAGGCGUUGGAGCUCGAUGGCAAGUACAUGAUGAAGCGGUAUCUGACCGUUCGACCUGCAGAAACCCCUCGUGGCAUCGACCAAGCGGUACAAAGUCGCAAACAUGUCAAAGUGACCAAGGGCUGCCGCACCGUGUACAUCAAACAAUUGCCUUACGAAGUGGACGAAGACACUGUGAAAACUGCACUGGCGUCAUGUGGGGUCAUCGUCAGCGUCCGCCUUCCUAUGUGGGGCCACACCAAGAAACUCAAGGGAUUUGGGUAUGUCGAGUUUGCAGACGAAGCGUCCGCCGUGAAUGCUGCCAAGCGCAGCGGCAUGAAGGUAGUAGUCGUACUAGUAUACGAUCCCAUUAGUAUCGAUUCUAAAUCGAUAGAUUGGGAAUCGAAUGGUGCUGAUUGAUUUGGACACGGGCGCGCCCAAGGCAAGCUUUCGACAGACCAACGGACAGUACUGGAACAAGGGCGAAGAAGGCAAGGCCAGUUUGGCCAAACGAAUGAACGACAAGGGCAAAAACAAACGGCUGGCGACUGAGGGGCGCGAAAACGUGAAAAAACACAAACGACCUACGUUGUAACCGACGUAAUACUAAUACUACUACUGUACUCCGAC